GCCACGCGGAACGUCACGGCGCAGCCACCGUCUCACACUCACACACCCACACUCACUCACACCCACACACCCACACACGCGCACUCACACCGUCCCCGUGGACCGCCACGGCGCCCUGACGUACGGGACACUCUUCCUCCAUCGGUGCGCGGCGUGGCGUGGCGUGGCGUGGCCUCGUGGGGCGUUCGCGGAGUGUCGGAGUGCUUUGCCUGCUCGGCGAUGCGUGCCUGAGCCGCGGCGUGUCGAGAUCGUCAGCGUCGAGGUCGUUCCUCGCGAAACCGUGUCGUUCCCGUCGAAAUCGUCGUUCCCGUCGAGGCCUCCGCCGCCUUGGUCGUUCCCUCGCAGUGCGAGGCCGUUUCCGCUGUGGUCGUUCCCGUCGCGAGACCCAGCCCGGUCGAGUAGUUCCGUCGAGGCCGUUCCGUCGAGGCCCUCGUUCCGCGCUCGUUCCGCCGCGAUUGUUGCCCGCGCGCAACAAGGGUGUCACGUGGCGAGCACGUGCUCGUCGAUAUCUCGAACCGACUCGGGGUUCGGUCCUUCGGUCGUUGUGGUGGCGCCACCGUCGCUCUCGGCUCGGCCCGCGCCGAGGCCGCUGCAUUCGCAAAGCAUCGCCAAGCGCCGCACAGCGACGCAAGGCCAUGGUGGCCUGCAGCAUGGCGAGAGGAAGAGUCUGGCCAGGCCAGGCCACGACACUGGUCACUAGCCAGCUUUUUGAGAGUUUAUGUUAAUCAAUUCUGACUGAGACAAAUCCGUCAGCCACCAUGUCCAUGUUCUUCUUCCGCCUGCACAACCUCCGCCGCGAGGAGGAGAACAAGAAGCGGCAGCGCGACGUACGGCAGCGGCGCACGCUGGGCUGCCCCACCAUGCGCUUCCCCAACAACCUCACGCUGGCGCCAAGCCGCCUCUUCGAGCGCACGCCCCUCACGCCGUCGGACUCCUUGGACGAGGUGGCGCUCCAGAUCCCCAGGGUGCGCGUCGAGUACUACGUCAACGAGAACACCUUCAAGGAGCGCCUGCAGCUGUACUUCAUCAAAAACCAGCGGUCAAGUCUUCGGAUACGCAUCGUCGACUUGGUCCUCAAGCUGCUAACAUGUGUCCUGUACAUUCUGAGGGUCGUCACCGACCUGGACCCCAUCUACGCGUCAUGUUACGGCUGCACGGUGACGGCGGCGGACAAGAUGCAGUUCAUCGAGUCCAAGAACCUGACGGAGGAGAUGUUCCAGGAGAACCCCAUCAUCAACUGGGACGCCAUCACGUGGGUGAACCGGCCCGUGUACCUGUGGACGGUGCAGGUGGUGCUGGCCAUGAUCAGCCUGACCGAGGCCCUGCUGCUGGCCUACCUGGGCUACAAGGGCAACAUCUGGCAGCAGCUGCUCUCGUUCCACUUCGUCCUGGAGCUCGUCAACACCAUCCCGUUCAUGUUCACCCUGCUGUACUCCCCGCUGCGCCACCUCUUCAUCCCCGUGUUCCUCAACUGCUGGCUCGCCAAACAGUCCCUGCAGAAUAUGUUCAACGACCUUCACCGCGCCAUGCAGAAGUCCCAGUCCGCGCUGUCGCAGCAGCUCAUGAUUCUGUCCGCCACGCUUCUCUGCCUCGUCUUCACAAGUGUGUGCGGCAUCCAGCACUUCCAGCGCGCCGGGCACCGCCACCUCAACCUGUUCCAGGCCACGUACUACGUGGUGGUCACCUUCUCCACCGUGGGCUACGGCGACUUCGUGCCCGACAUCUGGCCCUCGCAGCUCUACAUGGUCAUCAUGAUCUGCGUGGCGCUCAUCGUGCUGCCCACGCAGCUGGAGCAGCUGGCCUUCACGUGGAUGGAGCGCCAGAAGCUGGGCGGCUCGUACUCGUCGCACCGCGCGCAGAGCGAGCAGCACGUCGUGGUGUGCUCCACCACGCUGCACGCCGACACCAUCAUGGACUUCCUCAACGAGUUCUACGCGCACCCGCUGCUGCAGGACUUCUACGUGGUGCUGCUGUCCCCGAUGGAGCUGGACACGACGAUGCGCAUGAUCCUGCAGGUGCCCAUCUGGGCGCAGCGCGUCAUCUACAUCCAGGGCUCGUGCCUCAAGGACGCGGACCUGGCGCGCGCGCGCAUGAACGAGGCCGAGGCGUGCUUCGUGCUGGCCGCGAGGAACUACGCCGACAAGACGGCCGCGGACGAGCACACCAUCCUGCGGUCCUGGGCCGUCAAGGACUUCGCGCCCAACGUGCCCCAGUACGUGCAGAUCUUCCGGCCCGAGAACAAGCUGCACGUCAAGUUCGCCGAGCACGUGGUGUGCGAGGACGAGCUCAAGUACGCGCUGCUGGCCAACAACUGCACGUGCCCGGGCACGUCGACCCUCGUCACGCUGCUGCUGCACACGUCCAGGGGACAGGAAGGCCAGACCUCCUCCGAGGACUGGCACCGCCUGUACGGCCGCUGCUCCGGCAACGAGAUCUACCACAUCGUGCUGCAGGACAGCCGGUUCUUCGGCGAGUACGAGGGCAAGAGCUUCACCUACGCCAGCUUCCACUCGCACAGAAAGUACGGCGUGGCGCUGGUGGCGGUGCGGCCGGCCGAGCUGCCCGAGUUCUACGAGGAGACCAUCCUCCUGAACCCGGGGCCCCGGCACAUCAUGAAGGCCUCGGACACGUGCUAUUACAUGAGCAUCACCAAGGAGGAGAACUCGGCCUUCGUGGUGGCCAACCAGCAGCCCCCGCCCGAGGCCAACGCCUCGCAAGGGCACAAGGAGAAGCCAAAAGACUGCACAGUACCCAUUGAGACUGAUGUGCGCGCCGCGCCGCCCUCCCCCGCCGCCCCCGAAGCGGCCACCACAGGCAACCACCUGGACGUCCCCCGGCCCGGCGACAACCCCAACCUGCUCAGCCCGGAGAUCCUGAACCAGCGGAGAGGAAGCCGCAGGCCGAGCAUCCUGCCGGUGCCGGACAUGUUCACCAGCUCGGCGCUCAACGUCUCCACGGACAACGUGGACGACGAGGGCGACGAGAGCGAGGACGAGGUGGACGACGACGUCCCGUGGAGGUCGCCGUCCGAAAAGAUAGCAUUGGUAUCAAGCUCUAGCACAGUGGAAGACGGGCAUUUGUCUAAGUCUGCCUGGCAAAUAGAAGUGUCCGGAAUUGUCAAGGGCUUCCCACCGGUCUCUCCCUACAUCGGGGUGACCCCCACGCUGUGCUACCUGCUCAAGGAGAAGAAGCCGCUCUGUUGUCUUCAGCUCGCUCAGGUCUGUGAACACUGCUCGUACCGCAACGCGCGCGAGUACAACUGGCAGAACAAGACCAUCAUCCUGGCGGCGGACUACGCCUCCAACGGCAUCUACAACUUCAUCAUCCCGCUGCGCGCGCACUUCCGCUCCAAGAACUCGCUGCACCCCAUCAUCCUGCUGCUGGAGCGGCGACCCGACCUGGUGUUCCUGGACGCGCUGGCCUACUUCCCCCUGGUGUACUGGAUGCUGGGCUCCAUCGACUGCACGGACGACCUGCUGCGCGCCGGCAUCACGCUGGCCGAGAACGUGGUGGUCGUCAACAAGGAGCUGUCCAACUCGGCCGAGGAGGACACGCUGGCCGACUGCAACACCAUCGUGGCCGUGCAGACCAUGUUCAAGUACUUCCCCAGCAUCAAGAGCAUCACGGAGCUGUCGCAGUCGUCCAACAUGAGGUUCAUGCAGUUCCGCGCGCAGGACAAGUACGCGCUGCACCUCUCCAAGAUGGAGAAGAAUUUCAUAUCCCCAAUGAAUUUUGGGAGCCCUGCGAGUCAAAAGCGACGGGGCAUGAGCGGCGCGCCGAGCGACAGCCACAGUGAGACACAUCGCGAGAAGGAACGAGGCUCGCACAUAUCGUACAUGUUCCGGCUGCCCUUCGCCGCCGGGACGGUCUUCUCCGCCUCCAUGCUGGACACGCUGCUGUACCAGGCCUUCGUCAAGGACUACGUCAUCACCUUCGUCAGACUGCUCCUCGGCGUGGACCAAGCCCCUGGCUCAGGCUUCCUCACUUCGAUGAAGAUUACAAAAGACGACAUGUGGAUUCGAACCUACGGCCGCCUGUACCAAAAGCUGUGCUCUACGACGUGCGAAAUACCGAUCGGUAUCUACCGCACGCAGGAGACGUCCUUGACGGAACCGUCACAACUGGACGAGGACGACGGCGUGGGUGUUACAUACAAGCCCAAGAAGGGCCGGUCCUCGAUGUGUGUGGCGUGCGACCACCACAGCUCUGCGUUCUCGCUCAACCUGGCGGACGAGGCGCGCGACAACCACACCAACCAGAUCGAGCGCGCCGAGAUCGCCAACCUGGUGCGCUCGCGCAUGGAGAGCCUCAACCUGCCCUACACGGACUACGACGACGUGGGCGACAAGCGGAACCACCUCAGCUACGUCAUCAUCAACCCCAGCUGCGACCUCAAGCUGGAGGAGGGGGACAUCAUCUACCUGGUGCGGCCCAGCCCGUUCUCCGCGCAGAAGACGUUCGAGCGCCACAACUCGCGGCGCAAGUCCAACAUCAGCUUCUGCUCCCAGCAGGCGGGCGGCUCGGCGACGGGGUCGCGGCGCGGCUCCUCGCUGGGGCUGUCCACGGGGCCGCAGCCCUUCCCGUCGCCGCGGCCGCCGCUCGCCACCACCAAGGCCAACUCGCUGUCGCUGCCCGACAGCCCCACCGUGCAGGGCCACUUCCGGGGCCGCUCCAACUCGCUGCGGGUGGCCGACGACAUCCUGCUGAGGCGGUCCAACUCGCUGAGGCAGGGUCUGAGUGGCGGUGGUCGGCGCAAGAGCAGCCUGGAGGACAUCGGCCUCCAGCACGGCUUCCAGCACCACGCCUCCCCGCACCAGCACGCCGAGCCGGCACUCCCGGGCCUUCCGGGUCUGCCCGGCCUCCACGGUCUGCACAGCCCCGGCGCCGCCUUGCCGCCCGGCCGGCCGGUGCACCAGCAGCCCGCCGUGCCCGUCAACCCCAUCAAGAUCGCCCUGAACGGCAGCAUCGGCCUGGAGGUGACGCCUCCCGACCAGGACCAGGGCGGCAUGUCCAGCAGCGGCAUGUCCAGCGGCAUGGCCAUGGGGCUGUCCGCCAUGGGCAGCCACGCGCACUCGCCGCCCUCCCCCUCCAACGCCCCCUCCUCCCCCGUGGGCGACCCGCAGAACUUACAAGGCACUAUUGUAUGAUAUAACCUUAUGUGGGGGCGGAGGAUGAGCGGCGCGCGCAACAAGUGGCUGUAAGGCCCUUGUCGCACCGCUCUAUCACCUCCACCCCCACAGCGCCCAGCGCACCGCCCAGAGGCACCGCCCAGAGGCACCCAGUGGCACCCAGCGGCACUCAGUGACACCCAGUGGCACCCAGUGGCACCCAGUGACACCCAGUGGCACCGCACCCCAGUCAAGUGGCUCCCACGCGGCACCCCAAGUGACACCCAAAGUGCACCCGAGACACCCAGUGCCCGCGCCGAGGCGCCCCAAAGUCCACCCCAAAGUGCACCCCACCGCCGGCCCGUCCGCACCCCGUGGGGCGCCACCGUGGCGGCGCGGAAGGGGCAGCCGUCGCCCUCCUCUCGUCGCACCGACGUCGAAACUGCUUCCAAAUGACACCGCUUCAUGCCGCACUGCCAGUGCCAACGGGAGAGGCAGAGAAACUCGGUUUCCUGGUAGAUGUUAGCCUACUAGUAGUUCCAGAAGACUCGCCUCCCCCCUCAGUGUCGUGUAGAGCUCACCCAGACUCUGCUCAGUUUGUGACACAAUCGGACAAUAUUAGCGCCCUCUGUGUCAUCUCCAGACUGCAAUCAAAAAGCGUCAGGUUUAAGUUAGAGUAAGUUAUUUGUAAAAGAGCCCAAUUUCGUAAUUUUUGUACUAAGAUAGAGCAAUGUGAUGGCUUUGUAGAUGCGCGAAAUCAUUAUUGUCUUGGGGUAUGACGGCGAUAUCGGCCUUCCCUGAACACCAUCCUUAAAUUAAAUUAAACAUAUGUGAUGAAUGUCGUGCCGAUACGUACCGCUUUUUAAGACAAUAAAAAAAAGUUGAACCUACUAUUUUUGGAUAGGGGAGGCCCUCACGUCCUUGUUCGUUUGAUCCAUUUCAGGUGAAUGAAACAUUCGCAUUUUUUGUAAAGUGAUUGGCGCUGUGUGCCUGAAAUCAAUAUUUAUUCUAAACUAUUUAGAGGGAUGUAGUGUUUAUAAUAAUAGUUCUGUAAAAUGAUUGGACCUUUUUCUGCUAUUACAUGUAAAGUUUCUAUGGAUCAAUAUGAGGUAUUAUUGGAAUCAGGGAACAAUACAUAUAUUUUUAAAGUACUUAUACUUCUAUUGAUGUAGCUGAAUUCUCACUAUCCACAAAUAUUUUGGUGAAAGAUGAUGGCUUGUGUCUGAAUGUGCUGUCGAUUGGAAAGGAACGAAUCAAAGUACCAUUAGAAAAAACCUGUUGUACACAUUUUCUAUUUUUCCAAAUUUAAAUAAAGCUGUGCUAAAAUCCUUCAUUUCCAUUUCAUAUUUUAUUGGGAUAAACACAACUAGAAACAAAAUGAUUUAGUUUGCUUGCGAAUGUAAUGUACUUAAGUAAUUUUGUAAAGCUUAUACAUCUCUGCUGUUUACUACCUCUCCUUCAAUAAAAAUAAAUUACGACAGGAAAUAAAAGGCUUGUGAAUGAUCAAACCCAUGGAAUGUUUUUGUUGUUUUUAUUACCCUGAAAACACACACCGUUCAUGAGGGAGUGCCAUGCCGGAAAGAAGUCGUAAAUUUAAAAGAUUCUUAACGCAUCUAGAA